GGAGUGGCCAGAUUUUUUAUAAUAACUCUUCCUUCUCUUCAUAGAUGAAGUAAUGGAAAAGCUCAAAAAAUGAAGUAACGGAAGUUUUAGGCCCCGUUUGGUUGGAAGGUUUCGGAGGAUAGGACAGGAAAGUGAGGUAUUUGUGUGUAUUUUGUUCAAGGAAAUAGGGGGGAAGGGGAGGAAAGUGAAAGACUUUCAAAAUCCUUCACUUCCUCUCAUUCUAAACCUCCCAAAUCGGGGUAUUUCGGAGGAAACGUGUCGAUAACUACAAACUAUCCAUCUCCUACAUGAAUGAACAAAACGUUAUAAUAUAAAAAGGUAAAAAACUAAAAGUUUUGAAAAGUUAAAAAAUUAAAAAAAUUAAAAAUUUAAAGAUUAAAACUUUUAAAAAUUAUAAAAAUAAAAAUUUUAAAAAUUAAAAAAUUAUAAAUUAAAAAUUUUAAAAUAAAAAAAAAUAAAAAUAAAAAUAAAAUAUUAAAAAUUCCAAACUGAAAAAUGAAAAAUUAUAAAAUUAAAAAAGUAAAAAAUCAAAUAAAAAAAUUAUGACUCAUGACCAUAGGAGUAAUAUUCACAAUAGUUAGACAUGUAUCUAUUUUUUUAAGUAAGCUAUAAAAUAAAAGUAAAUUGCAAAAAUAUUUUCAUUAAACCUUUCCUCCCAUUUCCUCCAACCAAACACAAAUUUUUAUCAAAAUUCUUCCUCCCCUUCCCUUCCCUUCCCUCCUUGACUCUCUCCUUCCCUCCACUCCUUUGAACCAAACAAGGCCUAAACUCUAAAGGAGUAGGGUUAUUCAAGUCACCUCAAAAGUUAGAUAUCACUUUAUAAGCAUAAUGUACAUUUUUUAUGAUAAAAUAUAUUGACAAAAAUCAAGGUAUCAAUCCUCAUUCAUUACAAAUAUAAUGUUGUUAGAUACUCUAGUAGUACGUAUUGAAUUAAGCCUCUGCCUUCAACAAAUAUAAUACAUAGCAUUGUACACCACUCUCUUUAACAACUUUUUAUUUAAUUCACACCCUUUAUGAUAAUUACAAUUCAAUCAGUCACUUUCGUCAGAAUAAUACAAACAUUCUCAUUUUUUGUAGUUUUUGCAAUUUCAGUCACUUCCGUAAUUUCACCCGUUACGACUAUUACCAAACUGACCCAAAGAGUUUUCAUACUCCGUAAUUAUUUACAUAUUUUUUAACACAUAAAGUAUAAACACUUUUUAAAUUUGAAUGGUGGGGGAUCUAGUGAAGUCCCUAGUUAUGCCUCGGAGAGGUAAAGACUGGAAAAGUGAAGGUAUAUUUGGCAACGUUUGUCUAUCUACCUAUCAAGAAUAAAUAGAAAUGUAAUUUUUAUUACGACUAUCUCCAAUGCAAACGUGUCAACGGUCUACACGUGACAGGAGAGAUAUAGACAAAAAAAUAUUACAAAUCUAUCUACUCCAGGUAAAUUACGUUUUUAUGUUAGCUUUCCAAAUACGUAUAGGCAUAAAGCCGUAUAGAGAAAAUGAGUAAUUAAUUGCAUACUAUUGAUAGAGAUAAAAUGAGCCUUUUGAUAUCCAAAAAGUCUCUUCAAUUAGGGACAAUUAAAGCCAAAGAUAUAACGUCUUAAACUACUUCUUGUUUCUCUCUCUCUCUCUCUCUCAUUGAAUUUGGAUCAAAUUAAACAAAAAAGUUCUUAACGCGCAAAAUGAGUAUCAAUCUCGGCCAUUCAAAUUCUCAAUCUGAUGGAAAAUAAAGCCUAUCUGAUGCACAUUUCGAAUAAACCUAAUCUGGUGCAUUUUUUCAAAAGUGCAUCAGAUUUACAAUUUGGACGAGCGAGAUUAAUUUUUAUUUUACACGUUAAGAUGUCUUCUCAUUUGAAGUCAACCAUAUAUAUACACAUGUUUUUUAAAAGGUCAAUGCCAUGAUAUCCACGCAAAAAACCAGGGUAUCCUACAUAUGAAUUAUUUGAUAGAUCAAUGUCAUCAUUUCAUCAUUUUGUAUGCUCAAAUUAUUCAAUUUCAGAAAAAAAAUGUAAUUGAUAUAUUAGAACAAGCUUUGAUACCCGCAAGGUUUCAUAGUUUUUUUGGUUUUAGAAUACCAUUUAAUUUGGAUGUCUUCCCAUUAUAUAUACAACCGCGGGCCAAUUAAGUGUCAGGAUAUUAGAAACCGUGGGUUGGUGUGUGUGUCUAUAUACUUCGUAUAAAAUAAGAUGGUAGAGAAAAGGCAGGAAGAAGGAGGGAGGAGGCAAACUAAUCAACACAGGCUUUUAGCCAUAGCACUUGGCCUUGCUGCAGUAGCCUCACCUCUUUACAUUGACAGAAAGAGGAAUAGAAAGACAGGCCAAGCAAAUGCUGCUGCUGCUGAUGAUGAAACCAUAAUCUCUGCUUUAUACCUACCACUGCUUCUCAUCUUGAUCACUGCCGCGGCUAGCGUGAUGGUGAGACGUGGCGUGAUCAGAUUGUCUUUCUAUAAGAAGCCAGCUGCCAUAGGACUCGCACUUCUCGCAGUGCUCUCUCCGCUUUACAUCGACAAGGACGAGGAACCUGUUUAUGAAGAUCAGCAGCCAGGAAAAGGACUUUAAAAUUUUACGUUUGAAGAAGCCAUCGAGUUCCAGCAGUUCCUAUAUCUUACACGUGAAUGUACAUCAGUGCAUGUACACUCUGUUUUUUUGUAAUUAGUAACAUGAAUAGUGUUUACUUCCUUUUUCAGUCACAUGCCAUGCUCCACUCGUGCGCUCAUCCUUGUUUUUUUAUCAACGAUGCUCAUCCUUGCUAGUUAUGUACAUUCUC